UUUCAAGCUCUGCCUCCCGUAUUUUUCUUUGUCCAAUCACUACCCGUACUCCUCCGGCACCAUGGAAGCAUCACUGAUUUAUUAGAUAUGGAGUGUGAGGCUCAACCAACCGCAUCUUCUUCUUCUUCUUCUUCUUCAACCUCUUCUUUCCCUUCUGAUCCGAUGAAUAACUCCAACAAAAUGAAUUCCCCAAAGAGCUCUAAGAGAGAUCAAGAAGUAGUAAACAAAAGCAACAAUGAAAGAAACAACAAGAAAGCGAAGGCAGAAAAUGCAAAAAUUUAUCCAAAUUAUCGAGGAGUAAGAAUGCGUCAAUGGGGGAAAUGGGUAUCCGAAAUCCGAGAACCAAGAAAGAAAUCAAGAAUUUGGUUAGGAACUUACCCAACAGCAGAAAUGGCAGCUCGAGCUCACGAUGUAGCAGCUUCAACAAUAAAAGGCCAUUCAGCUCAUCUAAAUUUCCCAGAGUUAGCUCACAAGCUUCCUCGUCCUGCAAGUUCUUCUCCUAAAGAUAUUCAAGCCGCAGCUGCUCUAGCAGCUGCCUUGAACUACCAGAACGAUAAUGAAGUAGCUGAUCUAAUCAUAUCAAGUCAAUUAGGAGAACCUGAACCUCAAUGGCCAGACAUCACUGAGGCGUCUCAUGACACCCAAGAAUCAGAAGAUGACACUUUUAUCGACUUGCCGGAUCUUUUACAGGACAUAAGCCAUCAAUUUAACGAAUUCUGUUAUUUAUCUUCUUGGCAACAGCAAUUGGGUGUGGCUGAGAAUUUGGAUACCGGAUUAUGGUAUCAUCAAGAGUCCUUCUUCUAAUUUUUGGGAGUACAGUAGCUACUGUUCUUGAAAUAGUUUAAUAUAUAAUUAUUUAAUUGCUAUAAUUAAGCUUUAUUAUUAAUACAUAUAUGGUUGCAAUACUUAACUAAUUAAUUGGUAAUUAUUUCAGUCGCUCAAGCACUCUCCGCAAGUAUAUAUUUUUGCUCCUUUUUGUUUUCCUGCAAUUUUGGGUGUUUAUAUAUUAAUUAUGUGAUUUCUUGUUCCCAAUAAAUACUGAUAAUAGAUUUUCUUUUUGAA